UCGCGCUUCGCUGCUGUGCGCUCGUCUCGCGCGCUCCGUACGAAAAACGUUCUAUCGAAACCAUUUUUUUUUUCACUUAUUCAACCACGGCCUUUCGUGGUUAGCAACAAAAAAUUCGAAGUUCCAACAGACUUUUUUUGAAUUGACAAAAUUUAAAAAAAAAAUUAUUUUUUAUUGUUGGAUGACGUUCACAGUGCCGGUGAUAACGGAUAGUGAUGUGAAAUGUGUUGUGUUUACGUCGCAAUGUGUGUGUAGUGGAUUGUUUUGUUUACGAUGGGGUACACUGUGAGUGGCGCAGGGCGGGCGGCGCACGAGGCGCUGCUGGCCCGCCAGGAUGCCGAGUUACGGCUGAUGGAAGCUAUGAAGAGAAGCCUUCAGGCCAAGAUGAAGAGUGAUCGGGAAUAUGCGCUAGCUCUUUCAGUGGCAGCAGCCCAGGGUCAGAAGAUGGAUAAGUGUGAAGAGCUCAAUGGAUCAGUGAUAGCGUCAGCAUGGCGCACCAUGACCGAGGAGUGGGAGAACACCAGUAGACUCAUCAAGGCCAAUGCCGAGGCCCUGGAGUCACGGGCCUUGGACCGCCUCACUACUCUCAUGACAGAGAGGCGGAAGGCCAGGAAGGCGUAUCAGGAGGACCAUAGCAAAAUAUCCUCUCAAUUCUCACAGCUCUCAGAGGAGGUGACGAGAAAGCAGAGCGAGUACCAGAAGUGCUUGGAGUCGUACAAACAGAUGAGGACCAAGUUCGAGGAGAACUACCUUAAAUGUAAGUGUCCCACAGGCCGCGGUGGACGAAAGUUGGACGAGACCCGGGACAAAUACAGCAAGGCUUGUCGGAGACUGCACAGAGCACAUAACGAGUAUGUCCUCCUGCUUGCCGAAGCGACCGAAUGCGAGCGGGCGCUGCGGACGGCUGCUUUGCCCGCGCUGUUGGACCAGCAGAGGCGACAGGGUGAAGCCACGGCUACCUCCUGGAAAGGCAUCUUAUUAGAAGUCGUACAAAGGACUGAUUUCAGUUCGGAUAAGUUCAAAGAAAUUCAAAACAAAAUAGAAACCAACGUGCAGAACCUCAGGCCGCAGGACGAAUACAAAGAAUUUAUAGAAAAGUACAAAUCACCCCCAUCAACGCCAAUUUCAUUCACAUUUGAUGAAAGUCUAGUCGAAGAUACGAGUGGGAAAUUGCAGCCAAACCAACUAACGGUAGACAAUUUAACAGUAGAAUGGCUCAAGGAGAAACUUACGGAGUUAGAAGCUACACUUCAGGAGAACAGGGAAAAACAAACUGCGCUACAGGGUCCUGAGAUCAUAGGCAAUGGGGUCUGCAAAAACAAUAACAGCGGGUUGACGAAUGGCGUCAAUGGAAUUGAUAGACAUUCACCGCCACCUAUUCCUGUGACGACUUCAGAACCCAUGAAAUUGCUGGAACUUAGGGUUUCGGAGCGGAAAUGUGCCAAGCAGGCGGAGAUGAUCAGGUCGGCGCUGGCUGAGCUUGGCUGUGAGGAGGCGCCUAGUGGUUGUCCAGACCUCUCUGCUGAGACGGUCGGUGUUGAUAUAGACGGCAGCUCGGCUGACAACCAGGACCGUUCAUCAAUCGGCUCCAAAGCGUCCAUGGACGCGUUCCGGUUACAUCUCCACUCGAUAAUACCACCGAGGCCGUUCUUCAAACUAUUUACACGUCCGUUCCGCCGCAAAUCCGUUCCUUCAAGCCCUGCUCUUCCUCCCAAGACCUACCGCAGCAGCAGCGAGGGUCCGGCCGACUCGGUGAGCGUGAGCGAAACCGAGCGUUCACUGGUGGAACAGGAGUGGUUCCAUGGGGUUCUUCCCCGGGAGGAGGUGGUGAGGCUACUGCGAGCUGAUGGGGACUACCUGGUGCGAGAGACCACUAGGAACCACGCGAGACAGCUGGUCUUGUCCGUCUGUUGGGGACAACACAAACACUUCAUUGUGCAGACAACGCCAGAGGGUCACUACCGCUUUGAAGGCGCGGCAUUUCCCUCAGUAGCAGAGCUGAUAGCGUGGCAGCGGACCAGCGAGGUGCCCGUCACGGCCCGGAGCGGAGCUUUACUGCGAAGGGCCGUGCCCAGGGAGAACUGGGAGCUCAAUAACGAUGACGUGCAGUUGCUGGACAAAAUCGGGAGGGGUAAUUUCGGCGACGUGUACAAAGCGCGUCUUAAGACGACCGGACAAGAGGUGGCCGUGAAGACUUGCCGCAUGGCGCUCCCGGAGGAACAGAAGAGGACGUUCCUGCAGGAAGGCCGCAUUCUCAAGCAAUACCAACAUCCUAAUAUCGUACGACUCAUCGGGAUCGCGGUACAGAAGCAGCCGAUCAUGAUUGUUAUGGAACUGGUGCCAGGCGGUUCCCUACUGACGUUUUUAAGGACGCGCGCCGCCAACCUUCCCUCCCGCUCAUUGCUAGCCAUGUGCCGCGACGCAGCCGCUGGAAUGCGCUACCUAGAAUCCAAGAACUGCAUCCAUCGCGAUCUAGCCGCGAGGAACUGCCUCGUGGGCGAAGAUAACAUCGUGAAGAUAUCAGAUUUCGGGAUGUCGAGGGAGGAAGAGGAAUAUAUAGUGUCGGGCGGGAUGAAGCAGAUCCCGAUUAAGUGGACUGCGCCUGAGGCACUCAAUUUUGGAAAAUACACAUCAUUGUGCGACGUCUGGAGCUAUGGAGUUCUUAUGUGGGAGAUCUUCUCCAAGGGCGACACUCCGUAUGCGGGUAUGAGCAAUUCACGAGCGAGGGAAAAGAUUGACGAAGGGUACCGGAUGCCGGCGCCCGAAGGCUGUUCCGAGGAGGUAUACGCGUUGAUGCUUCGAUGCUGGGUGUACGAGCCGGAAAAAAGACCUCACUUUCAUCAAAUAUACACCCUUAUAGACAACAUAUACAAUAGGUAGCCUACUUAAUGUCAUACCGACUGCAUCAUGUCUUUAUCAAAUGCGCAAUUCAAAAAGGCUCAUUUUUAAGCGUCCUUCUCGGUCAGUAGUAUUGGUCAACACAUUAUUUCAAACAUGUUGGGUGUCAUUUAUUUCUUAUUUUUUUAAUUUUUUAAUUUAGUGCUAACGACGCCAUCUUGUAAAUGCGCGACUAAAAUGUUUUUUGAUCUUACUACCAACUAUGCCAUGUUUUUACUGUAGUGCCACCAAAAUAAAGGGCUUUCUAGCAACAUAUUGAUGUCAGUGUUUGUUAUAUUUGUUGGAAUUUUUUUAUAAACCGAAGACAAUACCUAUAAAACUGACAAUAUUUAAAAGGUUAUUGUAAAUCUCCGAAGGAUAGCAUAAUUUGAAAAGUGACAGUGUUAUUUGUGUUGAAAUCGCUGUGCAUCUGCCAAUCAAAUAUUUUGUAGCUAUUGUAAGAGUAAUCAAUGAACUUCAGUAUUUUGUAAUGCUGUAAGCAUAUUAUGAGGACUUUUAAUUUGUGGAACCAUUAUGAUUUAUGAUUGUAAUAAGUAUUUUAAUGAAAACUGUGUUUGCCUCUUAAGAAAUUAAUAAGAUAUGAUAUUGUUUAAUUGUAAGAGCUCAAUUACUACACAUUAUAUUGUUAAAAUUUUCAUUAUUGACAACAUUUCGAUUGUUAUUAUAAAUGUAACAUGCAUUAUUUUUAUACGAAAAUGUAGAAUACCUUAGCAUUGUUGAUCUCUACAAUUAGUUGAAGGUUUUAAGUCAUGGUUUUUUUAAAUACGAUUCUUAUGUUAUGUAUACUAAGUAGCUAUAAAUGUCGUGAAUAAUUAGAAUAUUUAGAUUUAAAUAUUGUUUCAAGUACAAUGCGUUCGUAUUUCAUUUGUGUUUUAGUAUUAUUAAUCUUAUUAUUUUACAAGUUUAUUAUCAUUUAUUUUAAACUGCAUGAGAAUUAUGGUAAACAGUUGUAUGUAAGUAGGUAACCUUAGUGAUCUAUUAUUUUUAAAAUAUUUUUUUGAUUAUUAGUUUUAUUUGUAUUUAGUUUUAGAAAACCGAAACUUUGGCAAUAAGAGUUUGUGAUAAUUAUAAAUAUUUGUGCUUCCAAGUUUGUCGUACUGUGCUUCCAUAAUAACUAAGUUAUAAUGAAAUAUUGUAUGUAUAUGUCUUGUCGUGCGUGGAAUUGUUAUGUUGGUAAAUAAAAGUGAGAAAUACUAAAGGUUUCCGAAUGUUUAGUUGAUAAUGUUAUCUAUUAUAAGUACUGAUUGUAAAUAUUUUAACGUAUAUAUUCAAUAAAGUGCCAGAUAUUUUUGAAUUAAUAAAA